AUGUCCUCUUCUUUGAAGAAGUUUGGCUGUGAAGAGAAGGGAGAAAAUGGGACAGACCUGGAGGGAAGUGAGUGGCACACGAGGGAGAAAACCAUCAGAGAAAAACUCAUGGAAUCCAAGAAACAAGAGAUCCAGCCCGGGAAAGAGGCAAAGGGAAGUGCCAAUGCCACUGCUGCCCAGCAGGAAGAAGGAAUAACGGAGAGACUGAAGGAAGUAACGAAGGAAAAGCUGGAAGAUGGUAGAAAGCAGGUAGGAGCCCCACCUCGGGCCCAGCGGCACCCCCGCAAGAACUACAACUCCCAGCCGGCUCCGGGGCCCAGGGCGGGUCGCGGCAGCCGUUCAGGCUCCCGGCGUGCCUUGCGAGCGCAGGCGCUACCGCAGCGCCCGCCGGAACUUGUGGUCCGAGUGCGUGUGGGGGUGGGGCCGGGCAUGGAGGCGGGCGGGGGCUGGGAGCGGGCGCCGGCCCCUCCCCCGUCACUUCCUGCCAGGCUGCGGUCGCCUGAGCGGCUCCUCAGCGUUUGCGCCGGCGGCUGCCGCCGCGUCUCGUUCGGCUACCCCUUCCCCUGA